AGGGCGCUGGGUCCCGAGCGCGGCCGCGGGCUCCUGGUCUGGGAGCAGCGAUGACCGCUCUGAGCCGGAGCGAGGCCACCGAGGCGGGCAGUAAGACAAGAAAUGAAGUGCCUGGACUUGUGACCGCACUAAUCACACCGUGAGGGAUCAAGUCUUAUCAAUGAAGAGCCAGGACGACAAAGGAUCGUCUCUCCUGAGGUAUCACCGAAUACACAACCAACAAAUGCAUGGAAAGACGGCUUCACUGAAGAGCUUGGUGUCCUGCACAGAAAAAUCACAUAGGGUCCAGGAGCCUCCGGAUGACAGUCUGCACUGGCCAGAAAGCUUGAAGGGCGAACAGAUAAAGAAGUUUGGACGGGAAGGGACACUACUGAGCAAAUACAAUCAGCAGUACCACAAGCUGUUUAAGGACGUCCCCCUGGAGGAGACGGUUCUCAAAGUGUGUUCCUGCGCUCUCCAGAAGGACCUCCUACUCCAGGGCCGCCUGUACAUCUCUCCCAACUGGCUCUGCUUCCACGCCAGCCUUUUUGGCAAGGAUAUCAAGGUGGUCAUCCCUGUGGUAUCUGUGCAAAUGAUCAAAAAACACAAGAUGGCACGACUCCUUCCCAAUGGACUGGCCAUCACCACCAACACCAGCCAGAAGUAUGUCUUUGUGUCAUUGAUCUCCCGGGACAGUGUAUAUGACAUGCUGAGGAGGGUCUGCACCCACCUACAGCCUUCCAGCAAGAAGAGUCUGAGUAUAAGAAAAUUCCCAGAGGAACCCGGAUGUGAGCCUCUGGAAGUCCUCAUCCCGGAAAUGAAGUGGAGAAAAGUGUGCCCAGACUCCAGGUCCCUGUCACUGCCAGACAGCAUCCCUUGUAUCCCUCAGGCACCCACAGACUCCACAGACAGCUGCUUCCCUUCCCGAAAGCCUCCGGGGUCCGAGACCAUGAUCUGUGAGGACGAUGCGCUCGAAGAGGAACCCACCAGUGACCGGGAGUUGAGGCUCUGGGAUUCCCGGCUCCUCAAGGUCGUCUUCAUGAUGAUCUGCUUCUUAGUCAUGUCCUCAUCCUAUCUGGCAUUCCGCAUCUCCAGACUGGAACAGCAGCUGUGCUCCUUGAAUUGGGGAAGUCCACUUCCAGGGCAUAGGUAACAGCCCCUUGGCCUUCAUCCCACACCUUCUCCAAGAAGAGUGCGCUGGGUGCUAAGUCUCUACCGAUGAUUCUUGGGUUUAUACUGCUGCUGCGCCAAGACUGAGUGUGAAGGAAAAGAUUCUAGCUCCUUCCUCUGCUCCCCUGACUCUUCUCCCUCCUAAGUGAACGAUCUGAACUACCUGUUUACAAAUUAACUGGCUCCUACAAUUUUUGAGCUCAAAAAAAAAAAAAAGCAAGAUUUUUUCCCCCCUCUUUGGAACAAGUUGAGGAGUUUUGUACACUAAGCUUCAGCAACCACUUAAAUGAGAAAAAAAAAACAACAAAAAAAAAUCAACUUGUUCCUUGGAAACAACCGUUCUGGCAAACAGGCAGAGAGCCCUGGGGGCCAGCUUCAAGGACAAAGGCCAUGCUUUGAUACCUGGAAUGCUGCUUACUGUCACAUGGCUCUCUGCAGUGUUGGGGGGGGUGGGGGACAGGGGAGAUGGGAGGUUUGAAUACAAACCAUCCUAUGGGCUCUUCUCCCUCCCAGCCUGGCAUGCUCUCUCUCUCUCUCUCUCCCUUCCUCCCUCCCUCCUUCUCUCCCUCUCUCUCUCUCUCUCUCUCUCACUUGGGCCUGUCAGAGUCCCCACUUGGAGUCCACAGGGCCUGUGAGGGAGCUGGAAGGUGGAGAGGAGAGCUCGUGGUCAGGAUUGUUCCCAGGGAUAAAGUUUCAGGCUCUGAGCUGAGCUAAGGCGCUGGCAGAACCUAGAAAGAAGCUGUCCCCAGCAGAACGUGGUGCAGAAGCUGCGAAGAAGGUUGGAGGCUCCAGAUAUUCCCCAUCCUUGGCUGUCCGCGCUCUUUGGUGAGAUGGGUGGGACAGGAAGCUUUUGGUCACUGUGGGCACAGGCUUGGUGCCAAGUCGACCCCGGAUGUGCACCGACGUUUCCAAAGCCCUGGAGGUCAGUGGCAGGAAGGUGGAAGCUAUGACCCGAAAUCCUGUCGGGGCCACCACGGAUCAGAGCUCACGCAUGUCACCGGCAGGCAGUGUGCUCUCCAUGGUUAAGGCUGGAGGUGUGUCCCAGGUACAGGGACAGGUGAAAGACCACCUUUGGGGAAAAUGUAGUUAGGUCUUGAGAUGGAUAAACACUGAUGGCAUUGCCUUGGAGAGUCUUUCUCCUUGCCCACCUUAUCUGUUCUAGAAAGAACUCUGGCCUGGUCUCCCCAGGGUUCUCGUCUGCUAAAAUAGUGCCUUUUGCCAGGCGUGGUGGCACACGCCUUUAAUCCCAGCACUCGGGAGGCAGAGGUAGGAAGAUCACUGUGAGUUGGAGGCCAGCCUGAGACUACGUAGUAGAUUCCAGGUCCGCCUAGGCUAGAAGGAGAUCCUACCUCAGAAAGGGAAAAUUUUAGCCUGGCGUGGUGGCGCACGCCUUUGAUCCCAGCACUUGGGAGGCAGAGGUAGGAGGAUCGCUG